AUGUUCAAGAGCAGAGGGACGAUUUUCGCCAUGCAGUCGACCGCGGCUGUGUGUUCCUCGUUGGUAUGGUGGUGGAUCCUCCUCGUCACGUGCCCGGGUCUCCCCAGUGGCCGGCCCGACGACUGGCCGCCGCACGACCCCCCUAUAGAUCAAGGUGAGGAUGUCGUGGCGUCUAUCGUGAGCGGGAGACUGCGGGGUAGAACAGCCCGAGUGACGGCCGGCAGGGUCCAGGUGUACAUGUUCCUGGGUGUGCCCUACGCCAGCCCGCCGGUGGGAGGGCUACGGUUCCACGCCCCCCUCCCCCAUGAGCCUUGGACCGGUGUCAGAAAUGCUACCCAGCACGGCGCUCAUUGUGCCCAGAACAUCCCCCAAGACCGGCGGUUCUACCACAGCAUCCCGCUGUUCAUGCCGCACGACAGGAUCAGCGAGGACUGCCUGUUCCUGGACGUGUACACACCGACCAUGAACACUUCGGCUCGGCUAGCGGUGAUGUUCUUCAUACAUGGCGGGGGGUUGUUCAGCGGCAGCGGUGCACAGUACGAUGGUCGGGCCCUAGCCGCGAUGGGAAACAUCGUCGUUGUCAUAAUAAACUACAGGUUGGGUAUCCUUGGAUUUUCGGGAAUCGGGGGACAGUGGAACGUCGGGUUCUUGGACCAGAUCAGUGCUCUCCGCUGGGUGCAGCAUAACAUACAUGUGUUCGGCGGAGACCCCGGGCGGGUGACCAUAGCAGGGCAGUCUGCGGGCGGGGGGAGCGUUGGAUGGUUGGUGCUCUCCCCCCUCACAGCCGGGUUGUUCCGCCGGGCGAUAUCCCAGAGUGGCGCGGCCACCACAAUACCGACCCAGAACACAGACUACACAAUGCACGUGUGCUUCUUGUUGUCCGACAUGUGCACUCGUCCCUCUCCCUCGGAAGAGUUCGAGUGUCUGAACCUUGAUCUGAGAAAUGCAUCUGCAGAAGAUUUUGCUAAUCAGACCCGCCGGGGGCGGCCGCCGGCGCCUGCGGUGGACGGUUUCUUUCUACCGGAUCAGCCGAGAACGCUGCUGAAGAACGGAUCGGCGAGGAACAUCGAGUAUCUCAUGGGUGUCACCAAUCACGAGCUGGGGCAUGCCAUUUCACAAGACUGGGAUUUCUCUGGCGAGGAGGACAGAGACCAAAUACGGAGCAUAAUCAACGCUGGAUAUAGGAAGUAUUUCCAGUGUAUAAAUGAACAGACGAAUGGAUAUAUAGACGUGAGCAAGUUCAUCUCAAAUUCCCUGCUGGACCUGUACAUGGCGGAACAGGACCCGCUAAUGCAGAUCAGCGGAGAUCUGAUGUUCACUGUCCCCACUGUCAACACUGCCUGGUACAGAACAGAUACCCCCGUGUACCUGUACGAGUUCCAACAUCGGCCCUCCUGGCACCACAGCAAGCCUGGCCACGUCAAAGCAGACCAUGGCGACGAGCUGCUGUUUGUGUUCGGCGCUCCUUUCUUCGACUGGCCGAGAAACCCCGCUGACCCGGCCUGGCGACUCAACUUCACGGAGGAGGAAAGAGUUCUCAGUCGGAAGAUUAUGACCUAUUGGACAAACUUCGUGAAAACUGGGGACCCCAACAGGGGGGACACGGAACCUACAUCCACGUUUGACCUUGAAGCAUGGCCCCGCUACUCCCGAGAAGACCAGGAAUAUCUCCAACUGGAUCUUGAUAUAUCAACUGCCCAUCGUCUAAAGGAAGAAAAAGUUAAACUAAUCAACGACAUGCUGAUGUGUUCGAAUUCGUCGGUCAGUUCGUCUAACCUGGAAGGGACUUGGACAAUAACGACGCCCUGUCUUCUGAUGUUACUCUUAUAUUAUGGACGUCUUUAAAGUCAGGUCGACCACAGCAAUGCAGAGCUUACACAGCUGUGGCCUAAGGGCUAAGGAAGUGGAGAAGGGCGUUGCUCUAGAAACAUCAUGUGGUAUGGGAAGGGCUUUGACUGUAUGGCAAAUUGUGCCCCUAAACGCCGUAUGUUGCUUAACAUUUUUCAAGUAUCGUUUACGUUAAAGACCGUAAUUGUUUCCAAAGCCAGCGGCAACGAUCGUUCCCUGGACAAAAAGGAAUAUACAGUACAGUAUAUGUACUUUACAGUGAUUUCCAAGCAGGUGCAUUGUAGACAAGCCAAAGUUAUGCAUUUGAUCUGAUAACAUACCUUCUAUAUCAAGCCACGUAUAAAAAGAAAACCAUGGACGUAUACAUCUGCUUACAUAAAGCAAGAUUUAUCAUUUAUUUCAAAUCAUAGAAAUGGUUCUAAAUCUGUGCACCUGUCCAGUAACUAUGGAAGCAUCAGCAUUACAUUUUAGAGGACACAUGUAAAUGCAGCCACAGAUUUGGAAUGUAUUACAUCUAAUAUUGAUGUGGAUAAUACCAUCUUAGCACUUAUGAUUGGAUUAGAAUCAUACAUACAGUGUAUAAAACAAACACUGCAUCUAUGGAUUAAAAGCAUAUCAUUGCA